GCAGGAAAGAGGGCUAUAAGGGCCGUAGCCGGGCCGGCGGGAGCCAGCCAGGCCAUGGCGGAUGUCCCCGGGGCGCAGCGACCCGUUCUCAGCGGCAGCCCAGAGCCCCGCGAUCCCCUGGACUGCUGGGCCUGCGCUGUGCUGGUAACCGCUCAGAACCUAAUGGUGGCUGCCUUCAAUCUCCUCCUGCUGGCGCUGGUGCUGGGGACCAUCUUGCUACCCGCUGUCACCAUGCUAGGCUUCGGCUUCCUCUGCCACUCCCAGUUCCUACGCUCCCAGGCACCCCCUUGCACCGCGCACCUGCGGGACCCGGGCUUCACCGCCCUGCUGGUUACCGGAUUCCUGCUCCUCGUCCCGCUGCUCGUGCUUGCCCUAGCCAGCUACCGCCGCCUCUGUCUACGCCUCCGCCUGGCCGACUGCCUCGUGCCCUACAGCCGGGCGCUCUAUCGGCGCCGGCGGGUCCCGCAGCCACGGCAAACUCGGGCCUCACCCGGGUCCCAAGCUGUUCCUACGCCGGGGAAGGUUUGGGUCUGAGGAGCCUCGAGUCAAGAACAACAGUAGGGCUGUCCUCCCUUCCUGUGGGCCCAAGGACUCGAAGCCAGGAUCUUCUGCCCUCCCCCUACCUCUACUUGAGCCAGGUCCUAGCUUCCCUUUGGGGGACAGCAGCCUCUGUGGACCCAGUGCUGGUGAAAACUCCAUGCCCCAGAAAACCUGCUUUCCUCUGACUACCCACAUUUGAAUCAUAAACAUCUGGGCUGGACCCUCCACGCUCUCCUACUUCCUUAAGGUGAAUAGGACAACUGAACCUGUGCCCUCCUUUUUAGCUACAGCUCCUCUAGAAUUUUACAGGGCUGAGGAGCAGUGCUGGAGGUGAAGAAAAACACAUCAAUAAAGAAUUUAU